AUAGCCAAGGCUGGGCCUGGACCAGAACCACGAGAAGUGGCCAGGAAUGCAAUCCAGGUCUCUUGUGUGGGUAGUAGGAACUCAUUGCAGAGGUCUGUAUUGGCAGGAAGUUGGAGUCAAGAACUGGAGCCAGGGAUUGAUUGAACCUGGGUAUUGCAGUGUGGAACAGUGGUAUUUAUCUACUAGGCUAACACAGUCACUUAAUUAAAUCACAUUGUUGGGUGGAUUUUGGCUCAGUUUUUCAGAAGUUGCUUGGAAAACCAGCAUUCCUUACUGCCAAGCAUUCCUUACUGCAGUGCCUGGGUUCAAGUCUCAGCCAUGCUUCUGAUUUCAGCUUCCUGGUAAUGUGCAUCCUGAGAGGUAGUAAAUACAGUUCUAGCCAUCAGAUUCUUGAUGGACAGCCCGUGCCCAACUGUAGGCUGGCCCAGCCCUUGCUCUUACAGACAUUUGGUGGGUGAACCAGUGUGGAUGGAUGGUCUUUCUCUGCUUUUCAAAAAAUAUAUAUAAGCAAAUCAUAUUAUAAACCAGUAAUAGAGCUUGGCCAAUGAAUUCAGCUCUCGUAUUUCCUAGGAUAUUGCUCUGUCCAUUACUGCAUGCUACAUCUUUCAGUAAGAUGACUAUUUGAGGUAAAGAAUUCAGGAAAAUACUACUUAUCAUUUUUCUUCCUAGCACAGAAGCAUCGUUAUAUUUUCCCUGUUGUGACAGCACUUUCAGACUGUGUAUGACCUAUUAAUCUGUAGAUAUUUGGCUAAGCACUUUUGAUAUGUCUUGAUCAUGUGGUUCUGACUAUACUGUUCAUGACUGAUUUUUAAUGUCCUCCAGUGUAAGCUAUGAAGAAGGACCUCCCUCGCGCUCUGAGACAGAUCUUCCGAGACAGACAUUCACAGCAUCUCAGCAACUCCCUGGAUACAGCCCCACGCCUCAGGCAGCCGGUCUUUCUGGAGUAUUUGACACUAGUGUGAACAGUGCCAGCGCUAACACUAAGGAAUCUUCAGUGAUGAAUUUUCUCUCUGCUGUGGAAUCCCGAACUGCUCAGGCUGCUACAUCAGGAACCAUUUUACCCCAGUUCAGGGCUCCAUCCUGGCAGACAGGCAUGCAUUCCUCAGCUGCAUCUGAGCUAUUUGUUACUGGAACCUUGCCAACUACUGGAACGCUUCCAUCACCUGCCCUCUCUGUUUAUCAGCAUCCCACCACCUUCAGCAAUAGAAACUUUGCUACCACCUCGCCUUUGGUGCUUCAGGAUUCGACCUUUAACACUACAUCAAAUGGAAUUUUAAAUCCUCAUGACCCUUUGCUGCAAAUCAAGACUUCCCAGGGGACUGUUCCAACUGCCUUGGCAUUUGAGCGCCUGGGUAGUACUGCAUUAAGUAACAGCGUACCACCUCAGUCUUCAACAUAUCGCUCAGCUCAAGAGUCGGCACCCCAUCUUUUACAACCUCAGUUUAGUUUGUUGCCUUCAGCACUUGCAGGAGCCCAGCAAACUCCUCAAGUCUACAGUUCAGCCCUCUUUACUAGUUCUACUGCUUCCAUUGAAAGAGCUCUUCUUCGAGAAUGUAGUGUUAUUAAACACCAUCAGCGGCCUUCAGGAACCCAGUCUCUUCAGGCACAACUGACUGGUGCCCAGCAUUCCUUACCUAGUUACCUGUCCAAUGCAGGUGUAGGUAAUUUUCAGGAAACAGCCAGGCAGUCAUCCUUGUCCUGUAGUCCAAUAGGAAAUUCUCCUCAGGUGAGCAAUGGAGGACCACAACAGAAGGCCCCCCAGGUCUCAGUGGAACUUGUUCAGUCAUACUCAUCUGCAGUUCCAUCAUCAGGGUAUCCUUCUACUACAAAAGUAAACAACUGUUCCACAAAACCACUAGCAUCAACCAAGACCCCAAAACCUCAAAAUAUAAUUCCUCCUUUACAAACACUAAGCUAUUCCAAACAUUUACAUAACCAGAGUUCUGUUAUAUCGGGCCAAGCACAAAUUUAUUCCACAGCGCAGCUACCAAGCCUCUUAUCGGUUAGUCAGUCCCAAAAUUAUGGCUUAGUACAGCCACAUAAUGUGCCAUCUAUUGUUCAUUCACAGGUUUACAGGUCCAACAAGGUUGAGAAAUUGCCAUCCUUGUAUAAAAGUUUUUCUGGGUCAUCUCAGACUGUACCCACUGAAAAUCAAACACUCAAUUAUUCAUCUAACCAGCAGGAGGUAUUAUCUUCAGUUACAAAUGAGAAUUACCCUGCUCAAACAAGAGAUCUAUCUUUAGUCAGUCAGUCUCAAAGUUACACAUCUGGUCAUUCUCAGGGUUUAUCACCAGUUAGCCAGGCACAGGUUAGUUACUCAUCUCAAUCACAAGUCUUGUCAGCGGUUAGUCCUUCAGAAAGCUAUGCCUCUGGGCAAUCUUUGACAUUAACAGCCCCUUCUCUUUCUUACUCUUCUGCUUCUCGGCCUCAAAAUUUACCAGAUACUAGCCCAACGCAGAAUUACAUUUCUAUGCAUUCUUCCCAAAAUGCUCAGAGUCAAGAGUCAUCUUCGCCGCAGUCCCAAAAAUUUUUGCCUGCUGUCCAGUCACCAUCCUUUGCAUCCUCUACUCAUUGUCAGGCAUUACAGAAUAACAUACCUUCCCCUGAUACAAAGUCUUACGCUGAAAGAAAACUUGACUCAAAUGUGUACACAUCCUCAAAGCAAGAAGAUGAUUUUCCAGUGCAAGAGUUACAGGUGUUGCAGUCACAGACAACUCUUGAGUCAUCUACACAAAGACUAUCUGAAAGGAAAAUCAGCGCUCAAGAAACAGCUUACAAGGUCACCAAGGCGGAUGACAGGUACUCUCAGAGUGUAAUUAGAAGUAAUUCAUGUCUUGAAGAUCAAGUUGUUGGGCUCACUCUACAAGGUUCAAAAAAGGAAGAAAGCAUGGUUGGUUCAGUGCCACAGCUUAACCAGCAAGUGGGCCAAGUCAAUAAUGCUGCAACCCUUGAUCUUAAGAAGGCAACUGACUUAAUGCAGACUUCACAAAUAAGGCUACAUACUAAAAACGUAAGCCAGCAGUCUUCUCUUAUACAAAAAGCACAUGAAGUUAAGGCCCCGGAGCAGCAUGAUCAAAUAGUUAAUGUCUCAUCUCAGAUUCGAGUUCCAGAUCAUGCUUUAGGGCAUGGGCAUCAGGCACCUCUUCCCACUACCCAGGUCCUUUUAGAUCCUGCCUGUGAUUUACAGAUUCUUCAGCAGUCAAUCCUCCAAGGGGGCUUAGGACAAGUGAAGGCAUCUUUACAAGCCCAGCGUGUUCAAAGUCCUCAACAAAUAGUACAAUCCUUCCUUCAAAUGGAUGGUCAUAUUAUUCCAAGUAAUGGUGAGCAUUCUCAGCAGCAACUCCAUCCUCAGAAUUCUGAUAUUAUGAAGCUGGACCUCCCUGAAUCUUCAAAACCGUUACAGCAGCAUCUGACCACAAAGGCCCAUUUCAGUGAAACAAAUCAGCAUGAGUCAAAAAAUCAGUUUGUUUCUCUUGGAUCAAUAUGUUUCCCUGAGGCGAUGCUUCUCAGCGAUGAAAGAAACAUUUUAUCAAAUGUAGAUGACAUCUUAGCAGCUACAGCAGCAGCUUGUGGGGUUACACCUGAUUUUUCUAAAUCUGCUUCAAAUGAAAGUAUGCAGGCUGUUGAGGGUGGUGAUUCUAAGUCGCAGUUUCAACAACCCUUAGAUGUUAGGCAUGUGACUUCAGACUUCAACCCUGUAGCAGCUACAGUAGGAAAGCCACAGAACAUUAGUGAUAUUUCCUUAAAUGGGAAUCAGGUUAGUGUAAACCUUUCACCAGUACCUACCCUUCAGUCAAAAAUGACUCUUGAACAACAGUGCAUUGAGACACCUGGUCAAAAUAUAUCAACCACAGCAAAUUCAACAGUGGUUGGAACAAGUCAUGAAAUUCAAGAGCAGAGUUCUGGCACAUUUAAGAAACAGUCUGCUACGAAUCCUGAAUCUGAAGAAGAUGGUGAGGUUGCUGUUGAAGGCAUGUUAAACACUAAUAGAAACCCAGAGUUUGUUUCUAGUGGCAGAAGUUUAAGUGGAGAGAGUGCUACAUCAGAGAGUGAGUUUGCCCUAGCAGGUGAUGACAGUGGUGUAUCUGUGAACUCAACUAGGAGUGCACCUGCACUCUUGGCCAUGGCCCAACCUGCGGAUGCAAUUGGUGUCAAGACUGAAGAAGAAAACCAAGAUUUACUACAUUUUUCUCUCCAAAAGAAAAAGACUAAAGGGAAAGGACAAAAUAAAGAGGAAGAGACUAGUAAUCAGAAACAACUAAAAAGGCCUUCCCAUAGCAAACGCCAGAAUCCAAGAGGAACAGACCCAUAUUCCCCAUAUAUUCCUCCCUCAGAGAGCUGCCAUGAUGGUUAUCAGCAUCAAGAGAAAAUGAGACAAAAGAUCAAAGAGGUAGAGGAAAAACAGCCAGAGGUCAAAACAGGAUUCAUUGCUUCUUUCUUAGAUUUUCUGAAAUCUGGCCCAAAGCAGCAGUUUUCCACUCUCACUGUACGCAUGCCUAAUAGGACUAAACGACCAGGCACCCAGACUGUUCGUGCAUUCUGCCCACCACCACUUGCAAAGAUGACGUCAUUUGCAGCACCCUUGCCUUUAGUAUCUGAAACUGGAGGUAACAGCCCUUCAGAAAAAGUUGAUAACGAACUUAAAAACUUGGAACACUUAUCUUCAUUUUCUUCUGAUGAAGAAGAUCCUGGAGUGUGCAGUAAUGAUAUUUAUAAAAAUAUCUCUGCUCCCUUAACUGCUUCUGAUAAAAAGAAGAAAGUUGCAGAAGCUGGACAGGUAGGAACUACUACUAGCCCAACUGCCAAUACUACUGGUCAGACUCCUAGUUCCUCUGCCACUGUUAAACAAGAUUGUCUCCAUUCUACUUCAUCUGCAAUAAAUACCCUGGAGAACGCAAACCCUGCAGAACCCUCAAAGUCCAUUGAACGUGAUGGUCUUCCUUCAGACCAGUUUGCAAAGGGACAAGACGCUGUUGCCAUACAAGGUUUUACUGACGACGAAAAUGCAGAAAGUGGAGGAGAAGGCCAAUACAGAGAGCGUGACGAAUUUGUGGUCAAGAUAGAAGACAUAGAUGCAUUUAAGGAGGCUUUAAAAACAGGAAAAGAACCUCCAGCUAUUUGGAAAGUACAAAAAGCUUUAUUGCAGAAAUUUGUUCCUGAAAUUCGCGAUGGCCAGAGAGAGUUUGCUGCCACUAAUAGUUAUCUUGGAUAUUUUGGUGAUGCAAAGACUAAAUACAAAAGGAUAUAUGUGAAGUUCAUUGAAAAUGCAAACAAGAAGGAAUAUGUCAGAGUGUGUUCCAAAAAGCCAAGAAAUAAGCCUUCACAAAUUGUCAGAACUGUUCAGGCUAAGCCAAGUAGUAGCAAUAAAACUUCUGAUCCUCCAACAACAAAAACUACAUCUACAAAAGCCCCUUCCACGAAACCCAAAGUUAAACAGGCCAAAGUAAAGGCUGAGCCGCCACCAAAGAAACGGAAGAAAUGGAAAGAAGAAUUUUCGUCAUCCCAGUCUGACUCAUCUCCUGAGAUUCAUUCUAGUAGUAGUGAUGAUGAGGAAUUUGAUCCACCAGCUCCCUUUGUCACUCGGUUUUUGAACACAAGAGCAAUGAAGGAAACCUUUAAAAGUUACAUGGAAUUGCUUGUCAGCAUUGCCUUGGAUCCUGACACGAUGCAAGCCUUAGAGAAGAGCAAUGAUGAACUACUUUUACCUCAUAUGAAAAAAAUAGAUGGCAUGCUGAACGAUAACCGGAAGAGACUUCUUUUGAAUCUUCAUUUGGAUCAGCCCUUCAAGAAUGCUUUGGAAAGUUUUCCUGAACUAACAAUAAUUACUCGAGACUCUAAAGCAAAAAGUGGAGGAUCUGCUAUUUCUAAAAUCAAAAUGAAUGGCAAAGCUUAUAAUAAGAAAACUUUAAGGACCUCUAAAACAUCCAGUAAAUCUGCCCAAGAGUUUGCUGUUGAUCCAGAGAAAAUACAGUUGUAUUCUUUGUAUCAUUCACUCCAUCAUUAUAAAUACCACGUUUACCUGAUAUGUAAAGAUGAGAUUUCUUCUGUGCAGAAAAAAAAUGAAGAUUUAGGACAGGAAGAAAUUGUUCAACUUUGUAUGAAAAAUGUAAAAUGGGUGGAGGACCUAUUUGAAAAAUUUGGAGAACUUCUAAAUCAUGUACAGCAGAAAUGUUCCUAACGUUUCUACAAAAAUCUCGUGUUUUUUAUAGCACUAAUGAAAUGGCAGAGGGGGUGGUCAAAGAUAAUCAGAUGUCAAGCGGUGAUCUCCCGCAGGCUUGCCCACCUCGGCAUGGAGCUCUCAUCGUGACCUCUGCAGUGGGACAGUGGUGCUGCGAAGGAAAUCAGUCCUUUGGAAACGGACUUAAUCCCACCACACUUUUAUCCUAAUGAUUUUUUCUAUUUUGUGAACAAUUGGGUAACAGGUUUAUAUUUGAAAAAAAAUUUUUGACAAAUGAUGAAGCAUGCACUAAAUAUAUUUUUUUUAAUUGUUAGAGAAAUAACACUUAAGUAAUUUGAUUUUUUUUUCCUGGCACUGGCUAAAUACCGGAAUGAAAAGAGACGUGACAGAAAGCAUAUGUUUUCAUGUCUGGCCACAAACUGAAGGUAUUGUACAUUAUGUAAACAGCUCUGGUGUGAUGUAACAUCCCCUAGGAAAAUAUUAUCAACUUAAAAUAUAAAAUUCAGAAACCACACUCUACUUCAUGGACUCCUUUACUCUUUACAUGUUCAGGAAACUGGAUGUGGAAUUGGUGCAAUUCUGUGACUGUUCUUUGUGUCAAAUUAUAUUAUGAAGAAAAAUCCAUGACAUACUAUUUUCCCUAUCUUGAAGAAAAGUAUUUUUGUUUAUACUGUGUUUUUUUUCCUUUGGGAAAAAAAAAUUCAAUUGUACAUUUUAUUUUACUAAUAGUUGUAUUUUCACAAGGAAAAUGUUGUGGUUAUAAGUAUGUUCUCUGUAUCUGCACUACGCUUCAUUACUUUAAGUAAAUUUUAUUUAGCUUUAUGUUACAUUUCUAUUGUGGAUUUUGAUUUUAUCUUGAGGUAAUUUCAUCUGUUUAUACAGUUUCUUCAGUAUUACCCAGAAUAUGCAUUCAGUACUAUAGUUAGUUCAGCUUUAUAAAUGGGGUUGUAUUAGACACUGCAGCAAUUUCCUAAUUCAUGAAAUAAAUUUCUUGCUAAACUGUGCUUAACUGAUUGUCAAAAAUCUAACUACGUGAUGCAUUUUGAAAACUAAAAUUGAUAUUUAGACUAUGCAGUGCUAAACAUGGUUUUUUUCCUAACUCUCAGAACUGGAAGUGACAGAGUCCUCCGUUUGGUGCCUUUUCAACCUUUAUACACACUAGGGUAGUUUUCCUAAGUUUGAUAACUAGCAACAUUUCAAGUAGUUUAGCUGAGACAGUGAAUGUAUUAGGUUCAACAUGACCUUGUGUUUUAUUUGCGUUUGCCAACAGGAUGCCUUAUUUGUUUGUGAAAAAGAUAUACCAGUGUCAUUCUAAACUUUCUUUUUUUUUAGGAUUCUAAAGAAGUUAUUAAACAUCAUACCUUUGUUUAUUUUAACCACCAUUUAGUGCCUUAAGUCCUAUUAAGAAAGCAGUGUUACUGCUCAGUGCCCAAAUAUGAUGUGCUUAUAUGGAUAUUAGUAUUGUCUUGAUUUUAACAGGCCUGUUACACUUAAAAGCUCAGUAAACUGACGAAGAAUUGAAGAUAACAUGGGACUUAAUUUAAGAAUAAAACAUUUUCAUUAUACUGUUGAGUGAAUAAUGAGUAUCUAAGUUAAAUUUACAUACUUAUUUAUAACGGUUUUCUUAUUAAAAGCAAUAAUCUUUAAUACUUGUACUUGCCAUUAAACAAAAAGGUACUCAUUAAUGAAGUUUCUCUCAAGGGUAAAAUGUUUUAUAUAACCUAUUUUGGACAGCCUAUUUUGAAAACAAAAGUAAUUAUUGGAUUCAUGUAGCCCAACUCUGUAAGAGGAGCAAAGAAAACGAACAGCAGGAGCAAUUCAUGAAGUGAGUUUUUUGGUGGAGACGUGUACAAAGCAGCCAUAAUUCUUUUUGAUGGUAUUGACUCUGGACAGAAUUGGUUUCUUUCAUUUCCACAGUGCAGUGUAAGGGAUUGAUUUCUGAAUGUUUUUUGUAACCACAUUUUUGCAUUGCUCCCCAGCUUCCUUUCCUGAAUCACAGAUGAUGUAGCCACACUUCAUGUCAGUCCCAUGGAAAACAAAGAUGUUAAUCUUGUAUCCUGCAACAAAAAACUAUUUCCUUUUCAAGUGCAGUUACCCUUAAAACUGUUUACAAUUGUGUUUCUUUUGGUUGCUAAAAGAAGUGUUUUCAUAAUAUGGGAGGCCAAAUCCUAUGCUAUUGCCUUGGAGAGACCUUGCUGUAUAUAUGCAUAAUCAUCUCUCAAUUGGUCCAUACAACAUAGGCAAAAAAUAUCAACCUCAGGCCUUAGAUAAAUAUGGGACUACUAUAACAACCAUGCAUGGGUCCUUUCUUGUAUGAAGUUAAAUAAAUACCUACCUGUUUAGCAUUUACAUUCCUUCCCAGGAAGCUUGAAAUUUAUAAUGUAGAAAUAAGUUUAGGUUGUAGAUAGAGAUAAAUAACUAAAGCACAUGUUACCACUACCAAGAAAUAUUUUUAAGACAGAUUGGAUUUUCUUACCUAUAGAGAAUUGAAGUCAUCUAAUGUAAAAAAUCAUUUUUGUGAUGUUAUUUAUCACUAGUUCAGAUGAGAGGUUAAAGAAGUGGCCCCUUUGUCAUUUUCAUUAUAACCUAUUUCCCACUUAUUUGAUCCUUUCAUUGAGUGGGAAAUUUGUAAUAAUUUAUGAAUUAUCACAUUAAGCCAACACUAUAACAUACCCAUUUCCUGUUUCCCUGUAAAAUAGCAAAUAAUGGUAAGAUGGGAAAAAUAUAGCUUAUUUUAAAAUGGGUUAUGAAUUGUAAAAUUCUAAAUUUAUUUAACUUUGUAGAACAUAAAAAAUAAAUAUAGAGAUGAUUCAUUCAUUGGACUGUUUUCAGAUCUUCCUUCACGUUUCUUAAAGGGUAGUUUUCCUCCUAUAAUUCCUAUUUAUUUUCUUGGAAGCAGCUAUUUCCAACCUGUGACUUUGAAGACAGACUCAAAAAGCCAAUACAGCAGUAGGGGUGUGAAGCAGCUUUCCCAAAAGUUGCUUGAGAUGUGUAUGUAAGUUGUGAGUUUUAUUGGAUUUGUUGAAUACAAGUUUUGUUUUUAAAUUGUAUUUACAAUUGUUUCACAAAAAUGUUUUUUAGAUAGAGUAAAAUAUCCCAGGAUAAUUUCUGUGUCAGUUGUACUUGACACAUUAACUGCACAAAUGAACAACGUACACUAUUGGUUGUGCAUUAACUUAUGUGUACAACUUUUGGCAUCUGUGUUCACAAAUGCAUGUUUUUUAUAGAUCACUUUUAUUUAUAAGUGACGUAAUUGAAGUUAAGGAUACAAAGAAACCUGCAUUUGUAGUCCAGAGUAUUUAAUUGGUCUAUAAUACAAUGUAUGGAAAUGUGAAAGACAAUUUUGUAUAUUUGUUUGCUACUAACUCAGAUCAUUAAAAUGAAAACAAUUUUUAAACAA